AAAAACUCAAUCUCAUUCGUUUGUGUGACGCCGAUUGUGUCAUUCGAACAACUGUCGGUCAAUAUACUUUUUAUGCCUAGUUGCUCAUUCAUCUAAUUAGUUUUUAAGUAUAUUUAUUUUUAAUUAAGUUAUUUCUGCUCAUUGCGAAUGGUGCCGUUAUUAUGACAGAUUGUUUCGGAUUGUGCGCACUGUUCGAUCGCUACAGACCAAAGACACCGCGUUCGGAAAAUAUUGGAUUUAUGGGAAGAGGUAUAUCCAAACCGUACGAGGACGACGAUAACAGUUCCUUGGGAAACGAAAUAAUGCCAGCAUCUAGUAGACGAAGUUCCACUGGACCACUAGUGGUCGACUGGAUUGAUUACUGUUUAGAAGAAAAUGGAACUAAGCACAAGACAAGCAAAUAUGCAUGUAUGCGAAAUGAAAAAUUUGGCUUAGUGGUACGAAGAGGCCAAUCAUUCAGUUUAAUAGUAAAGUUUAAUAGAGUGUAUCACAUAAUUAACGACAGUAUUUCAUUCGUGUUCACUUGCGAAGGUGUCGGUAAACCAAAUUUCGGACAUGGAACGUUAGCUGUUGUACCUUUACUGCGUAAGCCGACAAAUGAUUAUAAUUGGUCAGCUUAUGUUCUAGAAGUUAACGAGGAAGAACUUAAAGUAAAAAUUAUGCCGGCCAUCGAUUGUAUUGUGGGUAAAUGGUAUGUUGAUAUUGAUACAAAGUUUAAAAGAGAUGUUUCCUACAACUACAGUCACAGAAAUCCAAUUUAUAUUUUAUUCAAUCCAUGGAACUCGUCCGAGGACGUGUAUCUUAAGGAUGAUAUCCAAAGAGAAGAGUAUGUACUAAAUGAAGACGGAUUAAUGUGGCGAGGAAGUUACAACCGACCAAAAGAGGUAGUGUGGAAGUACGGACAAUUCGACAAGGAUGUGCUUGACUGUUGUUUGUAUUUAUUGCUCUCAGUCGGCAAGCUGUCAGUUUCAAGCUGUAACGACCCUGUGAUUGUGAGCAGGGUCCUAUCUGCAGCCGUAAAUGCACCCGACGAUAUGGGAGCCAUACAGGGUAAUUGGACAGAAGAUUUUUCUGGAGGCACACCGCCAAUAGAUUGGCUGGGUAGUGCAGGAAUCUUGCAAAAGUUCUACGAAAAAAAAAAACCCGUAAAGUAUGGACAGUGUUGGGUGUUUGCUGGUGUUUUAACUACUGCAUGCAGAGCACUAGGUAUACCUUGUCGACCUAUUACAGCAUACUGUGCAGCACACGACACGCAAAGUAGUUUAACUGUUGACUAUUUUGUAGACGAAGACGGAAAAGUUAUGGAAGAGAUGAUAACUGAUUCUAUUUGGAAUUACCAUGUAUGGAACGAAGUAUGGAUGUCACGACCAGACUUAAAAUUGAUGACUCCUGGCUGGCAAGUGGUUGACGCUACACCACAAGAACUUAGUGAAAAUAUAUACAGAUGUGGCCCAGCAAAUGUAGAUGCUAUCAAAGCCGGUGAAAUUCGCACACCCUAUGAUACCAAUUUUGUCUUUUCUGAGGUAAACGCAGAUAAAGUAUAUUGGAAAUAUAACGGAGUAUCUCAACCCCUCAAGUUACUGCGCACCGAUCAAGAAGCCAUAGGAAGAUUGAUCUUUACUAAGGCAGCAGAAAGAUGGGAGCCUGAAGACAUUACUCAGAACUAUAAACACCCAGAAAAAUCUAGUGAUGAAAGAAAUGCCAUGUUAAAUGCUUUAAAACAAAGUUCUAGUAUUUUUAGCAGAUAUUAUCUAAAUGAAAACUUCAAUGAUAUUAAAUUCGAUUUCGAGUUAAUAGAUGACAUCGUAAUUGGAGAAAACUUCAGAGUCGCUGUGUCUAUUACAAAUCAAGGAAAUAAAAAUUAUGUUGUCAAAGUUAUUUUACGAGUAGAAUCUGUUGAUUAUACUGGAAAAAAUGGGCAGCUAUUUAGUAUAAUCGAAGAUAAAAAAAAUGUGCUUCACGAUAGAGGAUCAAAUGUUCAGGUUGUUCAAACAGUAUUAACAUACUUUGAUUAUGGCAAAUACGUGAAGAACCAAAAUGUUUUUAAUAUAUCAUGUUUAGCUUCAGUUUUGGACACUGAUUUUGAAUAUUUCGCUCAGGAUGAUUUUCGAGUACGAAAGCCAGAUAUUAAUAUUAGUUUUGACCCAAAGCCACUUCUAGGUAAAUUGAGCACAGUGACUGCUUCUUUUAUUAAUCCAUUGCCAGUAAUUUUAAAAAGAGGAAUAUUUUACUUUGAAGGCGCAUCUCUGGAAAAGAGGCUUAAAAUAAAACUUACUCGUAAUGUGGAGCCAAAAGAAGAAGCUGUUGUAACUUUCAAAGUUGUACCACAAACGGUUGGGAGAAACGUAUUAGCAGCAAAGUUUACUUCCUCUGAACUUCAAGACGUUGAUGGAUUCCUUGUGUUUAUGGUUAAGCGUGAUUAAUAACCCACAGUCAAAUUACUGUUUUUUAAUAAUAAUUAUUUUUUUUCUAAAAGGCACACUAAUGCAGUGUUGAAAAUUGUAUGUAUUGUGAAUUAUUUAUUAAUAUAGUUCUUUUUAACUUUUGUUGAAUAUAAUUAUGAUAUUAAUAUUUCUAGUUUAGGUCUUUGGAGUUAGAUAAUUUAUUAUUUUAUUUAUACUCCUCAAAAGUGAUUCAUUGUAUAACUUAUAUUCUCCAGCAUGUCAUUGGCAAAAAUCAACGACGAACAGAGUCUUCCUAUAGAUGAGCUAAUUCCUCACGUAACAAUAUUUUAUUAUUUUAGCCUGUAAUUUUUUUAAUAUAUGAGAUUACUGACAAAAAACUUUAAAAAAAGAUCACUCAAUGAAAAAAAAAUUCAAUCGGUAAAAUAAUAUUUUUACUCUCCUUAAUAUUUUCAACUUUCGGAUGGCUCUGAUAAAACAGAAAAUGUUAAAUGAAUUAUUGCAUUUUAGCUUCUAUGGAAACUUAAAGGUAUUGUAUUAACCAUUAUAUGUCUGUCAAUACGUUAAAAAAAUGUAGAUUUUAUUCUAGUUAAAAAAAUUACUUUCAAAAUUUUAAAAGUCAACUCAAAUUUGAAUAUUUAAAAAAAUAUCUCAAAAUUGGCUAGCUGUCAAACAGCGUAAAAUCUAACAAUUUUUCUAAAUUUUAAAAUAUAAUAAAGACGAAAAUCUUUCUUUCAUAUUUAUAUAUAAUGAUUGUGUUUUAUUUAUGAAAAUUUAAUAGUUCAAUACUACUAAUAUCUAAAAUUCUAUUUAAUAACUCUGUAUAACAUUGUUGCGGUAUACCACUGUGCACGGUGGUUGAUACCCCAAUAAUAUGAAGCUGUCAACUUUCAUAAUAUUGUUGCUGGUGUAGUAUAUGUUGUGUAACCAAAAUAUUUAUGAAAAAUGUUUAAUUUACCAAAUGAAACAUCUCAAAUUUUGUGUAAAUCAUCGAAUCAAUUAUACUACAAGAUUCAAGGUUAUGUUUUAUGUGUAUCAUAGUUUAUGUGUUCAUUUUUUAUCGAAUCGCGUUAUUAGUCGUUUUUCGAAUAAAGGAAAAAUCAUCGACUCGUAAUAUAAUUUUUCGAAUAAUAAGAAAUAGUAUACAACAAGUGCGUUUGUUAGCUGUCACUUUGUGUUAAACCAUCGAAUAUUUAAAAUAUAACAACUAAAAAUGAUUACUGAAUCGAAUGUUCCUUUUUUUAAUGUAUCUAUAUCGAAUUUAUAUUUAUUAUUACUAAAUUGUUAUCAUUAAUUUUGUGAUUAUUGAUAAAUUUUUCUCUUUUAUAAUUAUUUGUGUAUAUAGUGUAAUGGCCCAUUGCACAUCAUAAUUGUAACUAGUGUUAUGUUAUCGGAUGACAGUGCGUGGUGCUGUCUAAUACCAAAUUAUUGUAAUACUCUGCCUAAAAAGUCAUGGUACGUACACCAAUAUUACAGAGGACAAAUAUUAACUCUAAUGUUUGUCGUAUCGCUGCUAAUUGGAUUCACUAUGUAUAAGUCAUGGACUAAAUGGUUCUUCAAAACUACUUUCCCAUCUGAAGUAUGAACAGACACAUUGUUUCAUUUUAGAUUAGUUUAAAAACUAACAAUCGAGAAAAUAAAACUAAAAUCAAGUCUAAAAAUAAUCGAAGAAAAUGUGGUGAAGGUAAAGUAAAAAAUUCAAUCAACCUAAUUCAGACAAUUCCAUCACCAGUGAAAAAUCGAACUUUAGAAGCAGAAAAUCAGAAUGAAACGAUAAAAAUAACAACUGAUGCUAUUACUAAAUUUGUUACCAUUGAAAACCAAUAUAAUGAUAACAUUAAAGAUGUACCAAAAGAAUGGGAUAGCCAUAACUAUAGUCCCGAUAAUUGUUCUAGUGAAUACUCUAGUUCUAAUAGUUUAUCUGGAGAACGAACUUCAAGUAUAUCAGAGUCUGUUUCUAUGAUACUGGGUGAAAGUGUUUCACCAAAUAUUGCACCUUAUCCUCGACAUAUAGCACUUGAUUCAACAAGUAAGAUGAGUACAUAUAAAGAAAAACAAAACAAAACAAAUUCUUGACCAUUGUAUUUCAUAAGGAAAUCACAGCAUUCUACAUUAAUUAUUUUAUCCAGAUAAUCAAUUAUUUUAAACAAAGAUUAAAAAUAUAAUUUUUAACGAUAAAUUGUAUUAACUUUUUUAAAAAUAUACUAUAUACAUACAA